AUGACCAUGAAUAAGAGCACAGUGGAUAGUUUUCUACUACUGGGAUUCUCCGAUUUUCCAGGUCUUGAGGGCUUGUUCUUCUCUGCUUUCUUAACUAUCUAUGUAUUGAUUCUUAUUGGGAAUAUUCUUAUAAUUAUUGUUACCCUGGUUGACCGGUCACUUUCCAACCCCAUGUAUUUCUUCCUCAGGAACUUGUCCUGUGUGGAGAUCUGCUACACCUCAGUCAUAAUCCCCAUAAUGCUUGAAAACCUUCUGUCAAAUGAUAAAACCAUACCAUUUAUUAGCUGUGCUUUUCAAAUGAUCAUGUUCCUCAUAUCAGGAGCAGCAGAAUGCUUCCUUUUGGCUGUCAUGGCAUAUGACCGGUAUGCUGCCAUUUGCCAUCCCUUGCAUUACAUGGUUAUUAUGAGCAGGGAAGUAUGCUUUGGGCUGGUAGCAGCCUCAUGGCUAGCUGGAAUUCCAGUUCAACUUAGCCAAACAGUUCUAGUGUUCACCUCCCAUUUCUGUGACUCAAAUGAAAUCAACCAUUUCUUCUGUGACAUCCCUGCUUUGCUCAAUCUAGUAUGUGGAGAUACAUCUCUGAAUGAACAGAUAGCAUUUGUGGAAGUCGUAGUACUGGCACUAAUUCCAUUUGUCCUGAUCUUUUUGUCAUACAUCUGCAUUGGCAACACUAUUCUGAAGAUACCAUCUGUUGAAGGAAAGCACAAGGCCUUCUCAACAUGUUCUUCACAUCUCAUGGUGGUGGUGGUAUUCUAUGGCUCUGGAAUGAGUGUGUAUCUGACACCGAAGUCAAGCCAUUCUCUGGACACAAAUAAAUUUCUGUCACUCUUUUAUACUAUCCUGCCAGCAUUGCUGAACCCUCUCAUUUACAGUCUGAGGAACAAGGAAAUCCAAGUUGGUCUUAAAAAGUUUGCUUCACCCUUCUUUUCAUUAAAGGAAAGGAAACCAAAAUAA